UUCCCAGAACUCCCUUUGAGCCGUUUGACAGGCGGCAGUCCGAAGUCAGACGCUACUAGUAUUUCACACUAACGAUACAGUCUACCGCUAAUAGAGUUGUUAGCUAACGUUAGGUGUUGUGUGAGGCCACGGGAUGGGUGUAUCAGAUUUACAGUUUGAUACAAAUGCUGGACCUGUGGUGGAUUUUUCAGCCCAGGGUAUGCAAAAGCUGGAUCCUAGUUUCACCUGCUCCGAGGACACUCAUACUCUCAUCUUGGAUGGUAACCACAUAAUGAAACUGGACCAUUUGGAACGGAGUCCAGGCCUUCAGCAACUUUCUGUAGCCAGUAACCGUCUGGUGAGAAUGAUGGGUGUGUCUCGGCUAACAGAGUUGAGAGUCCUCAAUCUUCCCAAUAACAGUAUUGGAUACAUCGAGGGGCUACGAGAUCUUCCACAUCUGGAGUGGCUCAAUCUGUCUGGAAACAACAUUAAGGUCAUUGAGCAACUCAGCAACUGUGUUUCUCUUCAACACCUGGAUCUGUCGGACAAUAACAUAUCUACCAUUGGUGAUUUGACUAAACUGGUGGCAUUAAAGACACUUUUACUCCAUGGAAACAGCAUUACAACACUUCGUACUGUUCCUGCUCAUCUGCCUGCCCAUUUAUCCAUCCUUUCCCUGGCAGAAAAUGAGAUAAGGGAUCUUAAUGAAGUGUCAUACCUGGCUCCUCUUCACAGUUUGGAGCAGCUGUCCAUUAUGAACAACCCUUGUGUUAUGGCGACCCCGUCGUUGCCUGGUUUUGAUUAUCGACCAUAUAUCAUGAGUUGGUGUCUGAGCCUAAAGGUCCUAGAUGGCUAUGUAGUGUCACAGAAAGAAGGCCUCAAAGCAGAGUGGCUCUACAGUCAGGGAAAAGGGCGUUCAUAUCGACCAGGCCAGCACGUUCAGCUGGUCCAAUAUCUGGCCACUGUUUGCCCUCUGACGUCAUCACCAGCCUUGGAGACAGCAGAAGAUGCCAAACUGGAGAAGAUCCUCAGUAAGCAGAGGUUUCACCAAAGACAGCUGUUAGAGGAGACCAGAGGAGGCUGUUUCAGCCCUCCUCGUCCAACUCAGCUGAAUGUGGAGACCCACAGCAGUCCUUCACAUGCAGUCCCACAGGGGGGAGCCAGAGACACAAAGAAAGUCAGCUCACCUGCAACAGCAGCUGCUCCAUCCAUCCGGGAGACGGAGCCAGUCAUGCAGUUUAACACCUGGGUGAGCUGUGAUUCUUCCCAGCCAUCACUGCCGGUGGUUCGCAGCCCAAGGCACAGAGAGGAGCACAUCUAUUUGGAGGACGUGCAGACAGAUGAGGACAAACUCAAUGGCAGCAUGCUUUCCUCCGAGUCCACCUUUCUCCCCUUCGUAUCUGAUCUGGAACCACAACUGACCCAUUCUGACAGCGAGGAUGAGACAGAAACAUUUGAACCCGACUCCCUGGCUCUGAAGCGGCCAGCACUGCCCAGAAAGCACAACACAAAUAGGACGUAUCAUUUUCCCCCUGGGGAUAAGCAAGACAGGGGCCUUGAAGAAGAAGUUAUUUCUGGUGCAGCCAAAACAGCUGGAUCACUGGACGUCAGAGUUAGCACACCACAAAGUGAUCCAGAAACAUCCUCUGAUUUUGUGAAAGCAGAGAUGAAAGAAGCUCCCAAGCAGGAUGAAGUUGGUACAUGUGUUAGUAAACCAAGUUCAAUGGAAGCAGACAAGGCAGCAGUUAAAAUACAGUCAUGGUGGAGGGGACAGCACACUCGGUGUUGUCACCCCAUGGCCAGAGAGGUGCGUAGUGAAAUCCGCCUGCGCAGGAUGCAAGAACACAUCCUCUUCUUGUCUGAAAAAAUCAACAGGGUGCAGCAACAAUAUGAAGAAGAGAGGUUGCAAAGGCUGGUUCAAGAGGAAGCUGUAAAGUUUCUAUGGAAACAGCUCCAGUCUAUGCAGCAGUGGAAGCAGUCCGUGGACCAGCAGCUGGCCUGCAUUCCUCAGGAUGUCACCCCUGCUCAGAUCUCAUCUCCCGGGUUACGUGAGCCUGCCCCGCCUGCUGCAUCGAGCACGACAAACCCAUCCAGCACAGACGUCUCCUUCCCAGACUCCGGCUUCCAGUCGACAAUUGACCAGCAGGCAGCGCAGGAGGACAGCUUUCUGAGCAGCGGGACCGCAGACUCUCUGAAGACGGUGCGAGCACUGAGCCCUGUUUGUAGCGGCUUUGUUGCUGGUAGCGAUGGCGUGGACAGCACAGACAGCAGCCUGCUGGAGCAGUACCUCUCCUCUGUACAGCAGAGGGAGGAGGAAGCUGAGGAGGUGAUCAGUGAUAGAACAGAAACACCACAGCCCUCCUCACCACCAUCACCCAGUAAAACAGCACAGUCCAACUCCGACCCACAGAAGGCAGCAGACAACCAAUGUGUGCAAAGAACAGAGGAAACCACUCCUGACCUCUGAGAGUCCACACCUAGUAGACACCUGUACAGAACUGUGGAGUGUAUAUAAAUUGGCACUGAUUGUGGGAUUGAGAUGCAUUGCUCCCUCUAGAGACUUAGGGCAUGUCUGACAAAUGCAUUUAUGACCUCCAAGACAGGCUUAAAAACAAUACCUUACUGUGAAUGUAACUCAAGUUUUUUUAUACUUCGGUAUUUGCAUCUGUUCGGUCAUUUAACGGAUACUUUCCACUCUGUGUAAAAGCAAUGGCUGUGAUGUAUGAGGUAGUAGCAACUUUAAAGUGAUUAUUUUAUGAUGACAAUACAGUGAGUAGGUUGCUGCCUCUACUGAAGACCAGACAUGGUGUAAGACAAUACCCACUAAACACAUAGGAUAAACUACAAUUAUUCACAUUUGGAGUUGACAUGUUAAAUGUAGCACAUUUGUAGUCACAGAUAUAUACUACCAGUUUACAUGUCUUUCCCAUCUCAAUAGCUGAAAUGUUUCUACCAGCUUUAGAUCACAUCACCUGAAAAUGUUGUAGCAUCGUCUU